AUGCCGCGCAAAGCAUUUUUCACCGCAGAGGACGCCAAGGCAGCUUUUAGCCUCUUCUGCUGCGUCUAUGGCAUUGGAACACUUGGUAUGCCCGGCAACUUCUCACGCGCUGGUCCUGCUAUCGCAAUCGUAGCCAUGGCCUUCAUGGCCUUCGCCAAUGUGUACGGUGCAGUGGCCAUCUGUCGUGUCAUGCUUCUCGCACCAACGUCCGUCAAAACCUACGGUGAUCUUGGCGAGUGGUGCAUGGGUAAACCGGGUCGCUACCUUUCGGUCAUCGCGCAGAUGGGCAACUGUCUGCUGGUACCAUGCGUAUUCCUAGUGCUGGGUGGCACGCUACUGGAUGGUCUCUUUCCGGACGCCUUCAGCACGACGACGUGGAUUAUCCUCAUGGCACUCUCGUGCAUACCUGUGUGUCUGGUACCGACUCUGAAUGAAGGAGCUGGCGCCGCUUUUGCCGGUUGUAUGAGUACCAUCAUCACGGACGUGAUCGGUGUUGGCAUCAUGAUGUAUGGCAUGCGUGACCACCCAACUGUUCCCAAGCCCGACCUUAACUUGAAGCAAAUAACUAGUGCAUUCGGCAACUUGGCCCUUGCGUACGGUGCCGGCAUUGUGAUUCCGUCACUUCAGCGUCAGCACAGCGAUCCCACCCGCAUGCCACGGAUAGUGGGGGUCACGAUGUCAUUCAUCUCGUGCUGUUUCCUGAUUCUUGCCACCACAGCGUACUCAGCAGUUGGCUGCCAGAUUUCGGGCAAUCUCCUGUUCAGUAUCUACCCUGACUCGGAAACGGGACUAACCACUCUCGGUUUCAAAUCAGAUUGGGGUAUGGUCGUCCUAGCCUACCUCUUCAUGCAGCUUCACAUUACGAUUGCCUUCUCGGUUAUUCUGAACCCUGCCUUCUACAUUGCUGAGCGCAUUGUGCUUGGCAUGCACAAGCCUGCCGUCUUUGACGUCGAGAACAAUUUGUAUGCAUAUGCUGAUGCUACUACUCCUGACCCUACUGAACUCUCGGCCAAAGAGUCUCGUGUUUCCAAGCGCUCUUUUAUUUCUGUCACCAAUAGCGAGAACAUAUACUGUAAUGACCUCGAGGCAGAGGCCACCGAGUACAGCGGUGCGAACACUAUCAAGUACAUCGCACUUCGACUCGCCAUGAUCACGGGACUGGUAAUCGCAUCUGUGCUUUUAAAGGAUCAUUUCCACGACUUGGCCGACUUCACAGGGGCAUCGUGUAUCACGGCAAAUUCCAUCGUUUUACCGAUCGUGUUUUUGCUGAAAAAGAAGUGGAUCGUCAUACCGGUCUGGGAGAAAAUUCCAGCGCUGAUUGUUGUUGUGGUCUGCUUCUGUUUGGGCUGCUACGUGACGUACACGUCAGGCAAGAAUUUGUUCGCUCACAGUGACGACGACACGGCCUUCCCCUUCUGCGCGCCGGAGUUCCAAAACACCGUGUACUAUAACUACACGGCCGAGCACGAAAGCUAG